AUAGUUAUAAUAUUUCAGUCAAAUGUCGUCCAUUCACUAAAAAUUUAAACUAAAACUUGUCACCUCAUUCCCACUUAAACUAAUAUAUUACACCAGCUCAUCCACAUUGUAAUUUUCCAUCGUGAGAUAUUAUUUUAAGAUUUUAAGCAUAUAGUUUGCAUAAAAUAUAGUAUUUUAUAUCAUGUAGUAUCAACUUUAUAAAACCUCAUACUCUCUACUCUCAUCAUGUUCAAUGUUCAUCAACUUGCUUCAUAAAACCCAUAUCCUAAGUUCUAUCUUCUAUGCUUAUGCUCUGUGAAUUGCAAUUUUCAACAUGAAGAUUAAAUCCAUACUCAUUCUUCUUCUCUCCCUUCAGAUUUCGUUAAUAUGUCAUGCAGAAGAUGCAGCAACAGCAACUCCCAUUCCACAAGAGCUUCUCACUGGUUUCUCAGCAGUCCCACAACCCACAACGACGCCGUUUCAGGCCAUUCUGACCGACCCCACCGGAAACUUCUCGUUAGGUUUCCUCCGGCAGAACCAAAACCAGCUCAAACUCGCCGUCAUCCACGUAGCUUCCUCGGAACCAUUCUGGGUCGCCAACCCGACCCGGCUCGCAUCAUGGGCCCACACCACGCGCCUCUCCUUCAACGGCAGCCUUGUGUUGUCGGACUCAAAAACCGGCGUGUCCUGGUCCACCGCCACCAACGGCCACCGCGCCGUGCUCCUCAACAACUCCAACCUGCAAGUUCAAAACAGAGCCACCCAAACCCCCAUCUGGGAAAGCUUCCAUUUCCCCACCAACACGCUAGUUCAGGACCAGAAUCUCACCGCCGACAAGUCUCUGGUUUCCUCCAACGGCCUCUACUCUUUCCGGUUAGGCGACGAUUUCAUGGGCCUGUACACAAAUCUCAACGGCGGAAAGCGGUUACUAUACUGGAAGCACACGGCGAUGGAAGCGAAAGAUGAGGUCAAGGAAGGGGAGGGGCCGAUUUACGCCAGAGUCAACUCGGAAGGUGGGUAUCUCGGGAUGUACCAAACGAGUUCAAAACCAGUCGAUGUUCAGAAGUUCAGCACGUUCCAACAGGAUUCCACAACGUCGUCGUUUUUGUUGGUGCGUUUGGAAACGGACGGGAAUCUCAAAGGGUAUUACUGGAACGGUUCGAACUGGAUGCUGAACUAUGAAGCCAUUGGUGAAACUUGCGAGCUUCCUAAUCCAUGCGGUUCGUAUGGUUUGUGUACGCCUGGUGGAGCUGGGUGUUCUUGUUUGGAUAAUCAGACCCGGUUUGAAUCGGGUGGGUGUGAGGGUGGUGGUGGUGGUGAUUUGUGCGGUGGGAGAGGGUUUGGUGGAGGAGAGAGUUACCGGGUUUUGAGGAGGAGUGGGGUGGAGCCGCCGCAUAAGGAGCUGGUUGCGCACGUGACGACGGCAUCUUUGGCGGGUUGUGAGGGGUUGUGUGAGAGAAAUUGUAGUUGUUGGGGGGUGUUCUAUAGUAAUGCUACCGGGUUUUGUUAUGUUUUGGAUUACCCGGUUGGGACGGUUUUGGGUACCGGGGAUGGGUCGAAGGUGGGUUAUUUUAAGGUCAGGGAAGGUGGCGAGGGGAGGAAUCGGGUCGGGGCGCGAGUUGGGAUUGUGGUUGGGGUGUUGGUUUUGAUUGGGGUGGUUAUUUUUGGGGUUGGGUUGUGUGUGAAGAGGUUGCAAAGGAGGAGAGGGGUGAGUGGCGGGAUGUUGAAGGAGGAGAAUGGCCAUGGGGCUUCGCCCGGCCCGUAUCGGAAUCUCAAAUCCGCAAGUUUUAGAUCCAUCGAGAUGUCCGUGCCAAUCAGUAGAUAAUUGGAUUGUAUCUAGCUGAGGGUUCGAUCUCAAAAGAAGAAUUUGUUAAGAUAAAUCUACUCACUCACAUAUGAUAUACGAGACUCGAGAUGAUUAGUGUUAUGACUGCCUACCUGCUGGUUGCGGGGUAGCUUUGGUGCGCAAUGGAGAGUGACGCAAGGGGUGACGUUGAGAUUGAUGCUUUAUUCAUGUUACUACUUGUAGUGGAGGCAUGUGAAGGUCGUUGACUAUUUUAAACAAGUAGCAGACACACAUUCACACAAGCACAAAGAAGAGUGAAGAUGGAGAUGGACCCAAUUGAGAUACGGAUAUGUGCGCACAUCACUUUAAUUUGUCUGUAUUCAUUUCUCACCAACUGGGAAUACAACAAGGGAUAUGGUUGCGCGCCGAAUGAAACCCAUGGCUGCACUAUUUUGCGCAUGGAGACAAAAAUAUCAAUUUACCCAACUCAAAUUAAAUUAUUGUCAAUUGCUUUCAAACAUGUUUUUAUUAGUCUUUUUGAAUAAUGUCUGAGUUUGAAUUUUUCUAAUGGAAUGAAUUUCUAAUAG